AUGAGUCUAAGCUUUGACGACGUUCGUUAUGUAGUCCGUCUUCGCCCGAAACGUUGGAGGAUGUCUUGUGGACAGCAUCAACCUGAACGUCGGAUUAAGGCCAAACAACGGCAGUUCAAUGCGAAUCUGCCGGCGUAUUCUGGUAAGAUUGACUUACGAAUCUCUUCAUCAUCUACUUCCAUGCGAAAUGAAAGUCUUCACAUAAAUCGGAUCUUGUCAACUGGUGGUGCAACGGCCGCAUAA